AUGCCAUGUUAUAACCCUAACGCGUUAUGGGUUGCGUUGAGUGAAUAUGGUGAAGGUAACCUCUUCAGCGUAUAUCCAAAACUCUUUGCAGAACUUCUUCUCCAAGAAGAUGCAGCAAGACUCGAAGGUGACACAAGUGAAGCAGAGCGGCUGGUGCUGCCCAGUGAUAGGGAAUGGAGAUUAACGCAAUACUUCAACCUGGUGGCCAUGCAGAAGAUUCUUGAUAGAAACGAGCAAGUAUGUUUUGUUAGGGAUGAUGAAACUGUGGAGGCAGGUUUGGGAGAAAACAAUGCCGUGAAAGACGAUAAUGAAGUGGCAGAGCCACCGGAAGAAUGGGCACCUUGGAGCCUGGUGGUAGCCACGAAGAACCCUAACGCACCACCGCCAGUUGCUAUAAAGACAGCUCCAGGGCCUGCAUGGGAUAUUGGACAGGUACUAAAAGCAGCUCGCAUUUUGUGUAAGCCUCCGAUGGACGUAGACUUUAUCGACGAACAGGAGAUGAGAUGCGUCUACUCUCUGAUCUAUGAUGUGUUUCGUUACAAGACCAUAUUGGAUCAAGCAAUUGAAGACAUUGAUUUCUUUGGGGACUAUCCUGAGUUUGGAGAACAUCGACAUACAACAUGGUUAUUUCUAAUGGAACUGGCGCGAAGGCGAUGGGUCGCGAGGCCGAGAGGUGAAAUGGAGAGGGCCAGAAACCUAUUGAAUGAAGCUGGUCAACCAUUUAAAGCUGUCGAAAAUGCAGUAUGGGAUGAAAGAGUCCACUUUGCAGCUGCAAUAGCGAGGAUACGAAUAAAAAAUAAGGCUUUUUCAUUGUCCGAGCUUCUACCUCCACAUUUGCGUGAAGAGAAGAUUUCGGCUUGUGUCAACAAAGAAUCUGUAACUGGUUGGGUCAAUACGUUUAAAGCCAAAAAAGUCGCUCUACUUGUUAAGAAAUUGCAAGAACUUGGCUAUUCCUACAGCAACUCUCGUCAGCUUUGCGCAGGAGAGUACAGAUUCGAUCGCGUUUGUCCCAGAUUCAUUACUCUACGUCCCCCUGGUAAUAUUAGCAUUGGACAGACGGAAUUGGUGAAGGAGGGAAUUAUUGUGUUGCAGGAACGAGAAUUCUGCGAAGGUGCGUCCACAUUAUGUCGGGCAUUACGAGCUAAUUCUCUGCGAGGUGUCGUUGCGCAAACGCAUGCCUCAUCGCCCCGUUGCUCUGCCUACCUGGCGGCGCAGUUGAGGGAGCUCGCCGCGGUACUGAAAGCGCAGACUCCAGCUGCACCGGUCACACCUGAACUUGGCAAGCUGGUUGUUUUUGGAGCUGGUGAUAAAGUGGAGAGCUACGUAUGCGCGCUUCGGGAACUCGGCAUUGACGCGUCAGAAGCACCACAUUCCAGUUCACCUGUUUGCGUACUCGGAGACGCUGUCUAUAGCGACACACCGAUCGUUGUGAGUGCCCUUGAUGGCGUGGUAGCGGCUCUAGCCACUCCGCCCAACUCAUAUUCAGCUGUCACAGACCCGAUAGACCUGGUGUGUGGACGAGGCGGUGACUUGGCAAUGCUUGAGAUUCUAACGGAAUCCGAAAUCGAUUCCAAAGGUAAAGCCAGGGUGCAGUCAAUCUUGGAAGAACAGAAGAAGACGUUGAAAUCUUUACUUUCUAAACCACAGAUACAAUUGAUCCUUUACGAAACGCAUUCGGCAUUGGAAGCAGAAAACGAGGCGCAAGUGAGUCGUGCCGUGGCCGAAGCUAACAGGCUAGCGAGAGAGAGGCACGCUUUACUCAGGAGGAAACAUAGAGACCAUACGCAUGUUAGUUUGUGCUCGAUAUCAACAUUAGUGAUUAUCGAUAUUUUAUUUCACGCCAUCCCUAAUUCCCAGACACCGAAAUCAAAAGAAGGUGCUGAAACUAUGGUCACCGAUUCCUGUACGACCCUCGAUCAAACGACAGCACGGACAGACAUGGAAAAGUUGGAUACAUCUGACGAUACCUCUUGCGAUCAGUCACCGAAGAGACCGAUGUCCUCGCCUCCGACCACAGCUAGAAAUAGAUCUGGAAGCAGGGAAUUGUUGUUGAAGAAGCGGGCGGAAAGCGCUGAUGUCAGUUUUCGCCCCGGUGUCAGUAAAGCCAGGCCUAUACCAGAGAUGGAUGUGCCCGAAAACGACAACGUACCUAGAGAUCCAGAUAAAGAUAGCCCAAAUGUAUUUGUGCCGAGCUGUGAUCUAUUUGAAAUACAGGCCCUGCCUAACCUUGGAAACGGAUUGGACAUCAACUACAUUCUAGACCGCGAUGGUUGUUACCUUGGACUCAUCCAAAGGAAGGAGAUCACACGACUCGAUGCUAAGUAUAUGAUCCGGGUGGCGGAGGAGCGCGGUCUGUUUGGGCAGAACGCACCGAGCCAAGUCGUCAAGAAGAAGAAGAACGAACCAGCCACUGCCGCGCCCAAAAGGAGGAGAAGGAAGAACAGUUUUGAAGUUGAUAGAGUAGCAGCACCAACGUACGCGUCCUUAUCCCGAUCACUCAGGCGAAGUAGUGCGCCGGCGCCGUUUUCGCCUGGCGUGAUCCCUGCUCCAAGUGAGGAGCGGCGCGUGUGCUCAAGACACGAGCGGAGACACGCCGCUGCUGCCACUUACACGUCCACCGCUUGCUCUUGCGAUGCCAAACACAGACAUGCGCAGACCCGCCGCGCAUCUGCCGACGCCACACCAGCGGGUGUCAUGCGCACAGGCAUCCCUCCGUGUAGGCAACCCUUUCCCCUUGUGGUGCACGAUUUGCGACUCAAAAGCAUUGUGCAUAAGGUCAUCGUCUAA